GAAACAUGUACUAAUUCGAUUGAGCUCUCGGCCAGGCCGUUCAGCUUCAGCAUGCCUUCCGAUCCGCAGACACAGUCCACCUUUAUCAGCCGUCUACCGCGCGAGGUCCGCGAUGCUGUUUACCUCCACUUGUGGCGCUCAUGUGGCCUUCGCCAGCAUAUCCUGUGGCAUGGCGCCGCAACAAACAAGCACUUCUGUCGUUGGUCGUGCACAACAGAGUACCGGGUUGAGGACGGACUGCAGAGGGAUAUCGAGAGGAUGAGAGCCCAGCUUGGAGUCCCACUGGGCCAAAAGAUCAUGAGAGACCGGCAUAGCAGCGCACCACUUUACUGCAGACGUCUACAGUCUCCGUGGAUAAACCAUUGGCUCUGCGGCGAGCGCGCGUUCGAAGAGCAUGGCCUUGCAGCCAUUUGUGGAACCAGCACCUCGACCAACGUGUGCUGGAAAGAAGGCCGGAAGAAUGCGCCCCAUGGGCCAUGGACAAGCGCGUACAUCCCCAUGCUUCUGUCGUGCAAGCUCAUCUAUGCGGAGUGCCUUCAAUCCAUGUACGAGUCGACGACUUUCAUAUUCACUGAUAUGCGGACAAUCGAGAUGUUCUUUGGCCACUGCGCCCUCCACUCGGCCAUGAAGACGGUAGAAACAGGAGGAACCCCCCCGGCUUUCUUCAAGUAUGCCCGGCGCUUGGAGCUGUCGCUCAGUCCGGACUUCCCGGCGCUUCUGAUGUGCGCCAACUACGAUCUCCCUGGGAUCCCGCGCCGCCACGACGUCUACGACUUCCACUGGUUGCGGCUCGACCAGUUUCGAAACUUGCACAGCCUUCACAUCUGGAUCGCGGCGCGAUCGCUCACUUGCGGCAUAGAAGCGGACGGCAGCCUCCGCGGCAUCAAGGAGUUUGACGCUGACGCGUUGAAGGACGUGCUGGCUUCGUUUGGAACUGUCGGGUCCGUCACGCUGAGUACACCGCUGAGCCAAAGCAUAAGUCCUCGAGAGGGCUAUGCGAGCGUUGGAGCCGUGCCGGGUGUGCGGCUUUACAAACGGGGCGAGGGGGACAGGUUUCACCCAUUCCUGACCCUGAUCGAGCUCGGAUGCGUUUUCGACGGGCUGAUUUAUACCAGCACCGCGGAGGAGGUUCGGCUUGCAUAGUACGAUGGCCAUCAUAGGAUAAUGAAGGAUGUAUAACUAUGGCUUCUCUCCGGGUAUCGCACGGGCGAACGACAACUUGGUUGAAAAGAUACACGCAGAGCUAUCUGAUCCUCGAAAGCGUUUCCAAGUCGGAGUAAGAUAUCGCGUGUACAAGGGAGUCUUCCAUGGUAGCGCUAAGCUGGGCCUUCGCCUUGAAAAUCUCAGAAUACGACGUCGAUGCCCAUGUGCAGCAGCUGGAAUUCGUGGUUAGGCAAGGUAUAUAUGCAUGGGUUUGAGAUUCCUCAAGAUGAGAUACCACGUUUAACUUAUGAAGCCCCAAGAUGAUACGUAUGACGGUUCUUGUGGUAUCACGAUAACGCUGUUCUGUGAAUAGUC